CAGAAAGAUGAAAAAAAAAAAAAACGGAGGGAGGAAAGGACAGAAACUCAUGUGAAGAGAGAGAAAAAAAUCAAACAAGAGAAAGAAAAUUCAGAGAGAGAGAGAGAGAGAGAGAGAGCCACCCCUUGAGAGAGGCUCCUCUGAGAUCACCCUGCAAAGGGGCAGUAAUAGAAAAAGAUUUCAUAUUUUAUUGAAAACCUUUGCAGUUUUUUCAUUUCUUCUAAAUUUUUUUUCAUUGUUGCCUUUUUCAGUCUCUGUCUUAUCUUCCUCACAGCUAUCACCACCCUCAUUUUGAACUAAUUUGUUCUUCUAUUGGAAAGAUAAAAAAAAAAUAUUAUCAAAUUACACCAGAAUUGCAAUAUUGCCCUCAAGAAAACCUGCAAUAGGCUACCCUUUCUGCCAUUUCUUUAUGCUCCCAUUCAUUCUGUGGAGAUUAUAGAAAGAUAGUAAUGAGCGACCUGAUAUUAUCAUAGCCAGCAAAUGCGAAUUCUUUGCAUUUCUUUGUAAUAUAGUCUUGUAUAGUUAUUUGUAAAUCAAAGCAGAUACUCAGAAUUAAAAUAGUCUUGUAUUAUUGUUUCUACCUCCGCUGCCAUAAUUGGUUCACUAAGCAAUGGGGUUUAGAUGGAACGCAAAUGGGAUCCGGUUUUUGUGCUUUUUGGUUUUGAUUCUUGGUCUUGAAAUUCAAGGGUAUUGGUCCCUAGAUGAUGAAGGACUAAUUUUAUUGGAGUUUCGUGCAAGAGUGAGUUCUGAUCCUUUUGGUGCUUUUGCUAACUGGAAUUCCAAUGACAAUAAUCCUUGUUUGUGGUCUGGUGUUCACUGUGUGGCCGGCAAAGUGCAAAUAUUAGAUCUGAAUGGGCUUUCUUUAGAAGGUACAUUGGCUCCUGCUCUUGGAAAACUCAAUCACCUAAAAUCUCUUGUGCUCUGCAAAAACCAUUUCUUUGGUACCAUUCCUAAAGAGAUUGGAGGACUCACAAAGCUGGAGCUGCUGGACUUGAGGGAUAAUAACUUCAUUGGAGCAAUUCCAGUGGCAUCAGGAAGACUGCCAUCACUUAAAUGCUUGUUGCUCUGUGGCAAUAAAUUUGAAGGCAGCAAUCCUCUGGAGAUCGGGAGGCUUAACUUAUUUUCUGAGUUGCAAUUUGAUGAAAAUCUUGCAUGUGCUGCAGACUCUAGCACUAGCUGUGUAAAUCGAAAGUUUGGAAAUGGUAUGUGGCAGAGCAGUUUGAAACGAUUGAAUGGUGCUUAUUCAUUGAUAAUCCCAAUUAAAGGAGCUGUUAUACGUUACUUCAAUGCCUUGCCACUGCAACUGUUCAAGCUUGGAAAGAACUCUCUGCAUGAAUGUGAUGACAGUUACUAUGAGAAGCCAGCAAGUUCAUCUGAGCUGCCCAUGGCCCAAAAUAUAGAGGUCCUUGUCAAAUUUGCACGUCGUAAACUAUUUGAACAGUCCAGUAACCUCCCUGCUGCACCUGCUAGUAGUGGGUCCUCCACUCAACAGAUUAUUGCUUUACCAACUAGCCGAAGUAGUGGGAGUUUCCCAGCUAUACCUAAUGCAAAUCAAACUCAAUCUCCACCUGCACCACAACCUUCACCUGUUCAGUCUCCACCAAAAGGGUUCCAAAGUGAUUCUGAUUUCAGUUCAACUAAUAAUCCUUCUCCAAAAAGUGAAACUUCUAGUAAUGCAUGGUAUUAUUUCUUGAUUAUUCCAAUUAUGUUUACCUUGGUCAUUAUUGCUCUGGGCCUGCUGUUUUUGUGCCGUAAACAAGGAGUCACGACCAUAGGUCCCUGGAAGACUGGACUGAGUGGACAGCUGCAGAAAGCUUUUGUUACAGGAGUUCCCAAGUUAAAUAGAGCAGAGCUGGAAACUGCCUGUGAGGAUUUCAGCAAUAUAAUUGACACUCAUGAGAGUUGGAUUGCUUAUAAGGGAACAUUGUCCAGUGGAGUUGAGAUAGCUGUUGCUUCAAGUUCAGUUGCUUCUUCCAAAGAUUGGUCAAAGAAUUUAGAAAAGUCCUACCGGAAAAAGAUUGAUGCAUUGUCUCGGGUUAACCAUAAGAAUUUUGUUAAUCUCAUUGGCUACUGUGAAGAAAAUGAACCUUUCAAUAGGAUGAUGGUGUUUGAAUAUGCUCCGAAUGGAACCCUCUUUGAGCAUCUGCAUGUUAAAGAAAUGGAGCAUCUUGAUUGGAGUGCAAGGAUGAGGAUUAUCAUGGGCAUUGCUUAUUGCUUGCAAUACAUGCACCAUGAUUUAAAUCCACCAAUAGCACAUUCUAACUUAAAUUCAAAUAAUAUUUAUCUAACUGAUGACUAUGCAGCAAAGAUUGCCGAGUCAAAGAGCUCAGGGGACAACGAGUCGGAGCAUUCUACAUUGCCACCCAUGGCCGAUGUUGAUACAAAUGUCUAUUGUUUUGGAAUUUUAUUACUUGAAAUCAUUUCUGGAAAGCUCCAGUACUCGGAAGAACAAGGGUCCCUUGAGAAAUGGGCUGCUGAAUAUUUGAAUGACAAGCGGAGUAUCAGCUACAUGAUUGAUCCAAGCCUCAAAUCUUUCAAAAACAAUGAGCUUGACAUCAUCUGCGAGAUUAUCCACGAGUGUAUACAGCCAAAUCCGAGUCAAAGACCAACAAUGAGGGAUAUCAGUUCCAAGUUGAGGGGAGUGAUUGCUAUCUCACCUGAUCAAGCAACUCCGAGGCUUUCUCCCCUAUGGUGGGCUGAACUCGAGAUAUUAUCUGUUGAGGCGACUUAAGUUCUGCCUGACACUUAUCUCAGUAUUCAUAUUUGCUGUUCUUUGCACCUAGGACUCGGGAUGGAUGGAGGUAAUGGAAGCAGAGCUGUUGUAAUCGUUGUUGCUGGGUUUUGGCACAGGAUUUUCUGUUAAAACAGGAAAAUUGUAGCGGACUACCAUCUCCUUGGUAGAAAAAAAAGAGAGAAAAUAUUCAGUCUUUCAUAUUCUGAAGUCAUCCGCUAAUUAAUAUUUUAAGGUGUAGUUAAGAUAUUAUUUCUAGAUCAAUACAUGCGGUAAAGGCAUGAAAUUUUUUUCUUUUUCUUUAAUUUGAGUUACAUGGCAAAUUAUUGAAGAGAAUUUGAACA